CUAGCUUCUUGCGAGAUAGGCUCAGUCUCUUCUUUUUCUGGCUCUGUAGUCACAGCAUCAUCAUGUCUGGACGCGGAAAACAGGGUGGCAAGGCUCGUGCCAAGGCCAAGACGCGCUCGUCGCGGGCCGGGCUGCAGUUCCCGGUGGGCCGCGUGCACCGCCUGCUCCGCAAGGGCAACUACUCGGAGCGGGUCGGGGCGGGCGCGCCGGUGUACCUGGCGGCCGUGCUGGAGUACCUGACGGCCGAGAUCCUGGAGCUGGCGGGCAACGCGGCCCGCGACAAUAAGAAGACGCGCAUCAUCCCGCGCCACCUGCAGCUGGCCAUCCGCAACGACGAGGAACUCAACAAGUUGCUGGGCCGCGUGACCAUCGCGCAGGGCGGCGUCCUGCCCAACAUCCAGGCCGUGCUGCUGCCCAAGAAGACCGAGAGCCACCACAAGGCCAAGGGCAAGUGAAUCUAUCUAAAUUCUAGUGUGCACUAAAUCUAAAAACUUUCAUAACCCAAAGGCUCUUUUCAGAGCCGUCCACGUUUUCACAUGAAAGAGUUUGUAACUCAAAUCGAGGCAACAUAAUUGCGUAAAAUUUAAAUGGUUGCAGCCUUUGGUUACAGUUCAUUCAUUGCAAUUUUGUUGACGUUACUUUGGGAUCCUGGGAAACGGGACUUCUGAAUAAGCUUAACAGUUUUAAGUACAGCAUUGGGCUAGUGCUUAUCUGGAUAGGUUGGACUCCCAUGUUUCCCAAGUUGUGCGCAAGUAAAACGCUUAAAUAAACACAAGUAAGGAGGAUAGUUUAAUAAAUGAACCCUGUGAAGAAUGGCGGGUGGGCACGGUAACCUAGAGUCCCUUAAGACACUUAAACAGCAAAACUACAGGAUCGAAAAUCGGAGCAAGCUGUUUCAAUUCUGAAUUGAAAGAAGCAGUAUGCUAUUCGGCCACCUUAAGGAAGUCCAACAAACAUUUCUUGUGCACUGGUGAUCUCCUGUCGUCUCCGGGACGAGGCGUUUUACCUGUGGUUUCCCAGUGGACACAAGUGGCAGUCUAGGCCACUCAAGGUUCAGUUCAGUAAAAAUAACCAUCUGAAACAAAAUAUACAUAAAUCUGUGAUGAAAGCGUGGUCCUGGGAACGUUAGGCCCCAUUACGUAGGUCUCCUCAAUCAGAAUUGGCAUUUUUCCCCGACCUCCAAGUGAUUUAAUUGGUUUUGAGAUGAAUUGAGCCAGAAUAUUAGUGUUAAAUCCUAGGAUGGCUGACUAGGACAAAGAUUACAGGGGAUUGAAAUGAUGAACUAGUCAUCCAAUCGG